GAUGUGUCGAAAAAUGACUAAAAUUGUCAUAGCUAUUAAACUGUAGCUGUCAAAGUCAUACAUUGACAACAUGCUGAACACUACAAAUUAACAGAUUCACACGUUGCACAUCGAACUAGGAAGGUCAUCCACCACCUGCUCGGUUAUGUAUAAACGUACGCUGCAGUGACGGCGAUAUGUGGCAGCUAGCCGUGUUAGCACGGAGCUAACCCCGUUUUCAGACUUGCAUGCUGGACGAAUGUGAAGUCAGACAGGCAGUGACAGCGGUAGGUGGUGAUAACCCACCCACUAGCCAACCAGGGAGCUUGGCUUUUGUUCACCUGCUUCUCAGGUAGGACGUGAGCAGGGGGGCAGGGCCACCCAGCAGCUAGGAGGGAUGCCUGUGGAGGGCGGAAGCAGCAGUGGCUCUGCUUCAGCUGCCCGUCACCCCAAGCAGAAACGCAAGGCUCACAGUUUGUCUAUCCGGCGCACCAACAGCACAGAGGACAGGCCACUGGGCAUCCAAAGAGGAGACAUGCUGGAGGGACAGGACUCCAAGCUGCCUCUCUCCUUACGGAACAAUCUUCUUGACCUUUUUGGCCAAAUUGAGCGCGAGUUUGAAAAUCUUUACAUUGAAAACCUUGAAUUACGCCGGGAAAUUGACUCCCUGAAUGAGCGUCUGACCGGAGAUGGACAGAUUAUUGAAGGAGGAGAUCCCACCAAGGGAGCCCUGAAAACAAAAGCCAGCCACAGCACCAGUCAACUGUCACAGAAGCUGAAGACGACCUACAAAGCCUCUACCAGCAAGAUUGUGUCCAGUUUCAAGGCCACCACAGGGUCCCGUGCCUUGUGCCAGCUGCUCAAGGAAUACGUGGGCCACCGGGAUGGGAUCUGGGACCUCAGUGUCACACGAACUCAGCCGGUGGUCCUGGGCACCGCCUCUGCAGACCACUCAGCUCUACUGUGGAGCAUAGAGACUGGGAAAUGUCUGCUGAGGUAUGCUGGUCAUGCAGGAUCAGUCAACUCCAUCAAGUUCCACCCCACAGAGCAGAUGGCCCUCACAGCCUCUGGGGACCAGACGGCUCACAUCUGGCGCUACAUGGUGCAGCUUCCUGCCCCCCAGCCACCACCAGAUGUCAGUGCUCCAUGUGAUGACGACCAGGACUCGUCAGACAGAGAGGAAGGCGAGGUGGAUGGCGAGGGCCCGUUUGAGGUCCCUACCGUCCGGGUCGCUACAGCAACCCUGAAGAGCCACCAGGGUGUAGUGAUCGCAGCUGAUUGGUUGGUUGGAGGCCGUCAAGUGGUGACAGCUUCCUGGGAUCGUGCUGCCAACCUGUAUGAGGUGGAGACGUCUGAACUGGUUCACACACUCACUGGCCAUGACCAGGAGCUGACCCACUGCUGUACCCACCCUACCCAGCGGCUGGUGGUCACCUCAUCCAGAGACACCACCUUCAGACUGUGGGACUUCAGAGAUCCGUCCAUCCACUCUGUCAAUGUAUUCCAGGGACACACUGACACGGUGACGUCGGCAGUGUUCACGGUGGGCGACAACGUGGUUUCAGGAAGCGACGACCGCACUGUUAAGGUGUGGGAUUUGAAGAACAUGAGGUCGCCAAUAGCAACUAUCCGCACUGACUCAGCUGUGAACAGGAUAAGCGUCUCUGCCAACCAGAGGAUCAUCGCUCUGCCCCACGACAAUCGACAAGUCCGACUGUUUGACAUGAGCGGAGUGAGGCUGGCCCGACUUCCACGCAGCAACAGAAUGGGUCACAGACGUAUGGUGUGUUGUACAGCGUGGAAUGAAGAGAACCAGUCAUGCAACCUGUUCACCUGCGGCUUCGACCGACAGGCCAUCGGCUGGAACAUCAACAUCCCUGCACUGCUGCAGGAGAAGUGAUGCCACACACACACACACACACACUCACACUCACACUCACACACACACACACACACACACACACACACACACACACCAUUACACACAGUGAAGUAGGUGACUGAUCAGAAUCUAUCCAUGUACAUACAGUAUAUACAGUAUGGUACAAAUAUACACUGUAAUCUGUGGCCCUCGUACAUGCUAGUAUGCUUUAAGUGUUUUCCCUGUGAAACAUGUGAGUCGUGAUAUAUUUCACAGCUUUCCAGCAACCAAGCAAGAAGGUGUGAAAUAUGUUGUUCAUUAUCACCGUUCGUGUUAUUUUCCAGGAUGCAGCUAUUAACAUUGAUUGAUGAGAGCAUAUUAUUCCCCAGACUAAAUUAUCCCGUCUUUCAUUGUGCACAUGUGCAGCUGAAACCUGUGACUGACACGGUUCCAACAUUUUAAAGUCCAAGUGUGUACGAGGCCACAGAGCUGCUCUUCUGUAUUUGAGCCCUUCACUUAUUUAGCAUGGAUUGUGAAUUGUGACGUGGCUAAGCUUAUCCAUUCGUCUCUAGCCCUUGCUGUUUAAAGUAUAUAUUUGACUUCAUGGUCACAGGCUGCUGCUCACAUCACUGCUGUUUUAGUUACUGCUGAAUGGACGCCCUUGCAUGUAGAUAAACAUGGUUUGCGAAUGUUACUUGUAAAGUUGUGCGAGAACAAUUAUAAGGCCAGGACCUGGCUGUAGAAUAUGAUUUAAAGACAUUAUGUGUAUAUUAAGUUGUGGCCUGAUAAAGUGACCUGUGCUGCAGGUUGUUGCUUAUUAAUGGAUUAUUGUCUCAACUGUUAUCCACCUUUUGAAGGUGGAGCUCGGAGAGGACAACGUGGGUCUGUGAAAUGUUUAUAUUCUUUUAGUCCAACAUGAAUUCUUUCUUAUCAUGGAGUGAAACAUAUCAUAUUCAGGCCUGCGAGUUGUCUUAACAUGUUUCAAACAGGACCUGCUGUCCUGCCUGAAGGUUUCCACUGAUCGAGAUUUGAGUCUUUGCCUAUUACCUUUGAUGCUUUCAAUUCACAGCCAGCCUCCAUAUUUAAGAUUUCAAACUUAUGAUACUGUAACUCUGCCUUGUUCCAUGUUUACAGUCUUUUUUUUUUUUUUUUUUUUUUUUUUUUUUUUGGUAUUGCUUCAUUUUGCCUUUCUGUCAGGAUGCAAAGUCUCAAGAGCAUAGCAAUAAUGGGAAAACAACUGCACUUCCGUUGCUCACAAAUCCUCUACCGGUCUGUGAAUGUUAUCCAACAUAAUCAUGCUAUAGUAUUCACUACAUGUCUCUACAGGUGUAGGUGUCCGUAAUCUGCCCCCAUAUUUCCUUGGUGUUAGUGAAAUACAGACCCAUCCUCUUCAGCCUGUUGCCAAUUCAGAGCCCUGUGUUGGUGUAGUGUGUGUGUGUGUGUGCGCGCUUUCCCCAAAGUGAAUUUGUUGGUUACUAGUCAUUUCUGUGUUUCAGUAACAGCCUGUCAAUAUCAAGUUAGUGUUUACACUUUGCAUUGAACCCAUAGCCUUGUACGACCUCUUGCACCUUUCUGUUUUAGAUGAAGCUGUUCAGUCUGUGAGAAGCGCUCUUUAUCCAAAAAGCAAUAAUCCAGCUUGCUGAUGUUUCUGGUGCUCAGAGUGAAGCCCAUUUCUUUUCUUGGAAAUCAGUGAAUCUGACCUGACGUAACACACUGAAUCUCAGUUUGAGAGCUACACGGUAACUUAUCUGGAACUGGGCUUGACCGGAAAUCCAGGAUACUCUUUACUUGUUACACUUGUGCAAUAUCCCACACAUGAAGUCAUGCUGUCGUUUUUGACCUUCAGAUGUUUAACUUAUUUCAGUGCUGUAAAUCCCAUAAGAUGAUUUAUUGUACUCGUGUGACUGGUGUAGCUGUAGCUCAGUGUACAUAGGUAUGCAUAACUUACCCAAAAGUUGGCUUCAGCCGACACUUCACUGCUGUUUCUACCAACAAUAGAGCCGGGAUGGAUUUUUGAAGUCAAAUGUAAUGACUUGUAGAAAUGCCUUACCAUUGCAUUGAAAACGUUGCAUUAGCCUUAUCCAUCUGAGCAUCAAUGCACUUUUCCAAAUGCUUGUUAAAUAACUAAUUGUGUUCCACUGCACAGUGCAGAUAGGAUUUUUACUCCUGUUUCAUUCAGGGAACUCAAUUUAGCGCCCACUGGUAUCACUGUCAUUUUAAUCUGCAGGUAGAAAGGCAAGUCCGAUUUCCGCCCCACAUAUGAAUUCUAACUUGGAGGAAAUAUGAUUUUGGAUUGAUACAUUAAAUUACUGCGUGCCAGAUUGGACGGGUAAAAAAAAAAAAAAAAAAAGUGGAUAGGCUUCGCUUCAUUGUAGCGAAUCAUAUUCACCUCAAACUUCAUUAUGUGAUCUACUUUGCAUACCUUAUUGUGACGGGUACGUGCUCUCUGACACUUUCCAAUAAAAAUGUGUGAUUUCCUUU